UUACUUUUUCUCAAGUAUGACAAUGGGAUACUUUUUCCACCACUGCAAAUAUAGCUAUUAUUUUUCCCCAUGCAUCUGCCUGAUACAACUUGUCAGUUGUUAGCUAGUAAAGUAGGAUGGAUAAGUCAGAAGCCAGCUAGCAAUGCCAAGUUCAUACCUUUUACCAACAAAAAUCAUGUAUGCAUAUAAAAGAGACAAUUACCUUGAAGCAGAUCAUUUUUGGUUUUAUUCCAGUACUUCAGGCCAUGGAGUAAUAGCUAGCUACUUGUUUGUAGAACCGGCGUCUUCACCAGAUGUCCCAAGUCAGCCCGUCUUCACCUGAACGAACUUCACAGGAAAGGUGUUGGCAAAAUCACAGGCUGCGUCAUGCGCUUGAGGGGGCGUUUACUUACUAGAACGUGUGCUUCACUUUUAUUUAAAUCUAGCAGCAAUUUGCAAGGGGUGUAUGUUCUAUUUAUAUUAUUGGCUAAUGUAUUUAUUUGCAACAUGGCCUUUAAGUUGUUCUCACCCUAAUCAACCGCUAGUAGCUAGAUAGACUGCGUUUAAACAACGUUUGGCGCAGCAGAUGCAGGAACUAGCUAGCUAACAAGUUAGCAAGCUAACUGGCUAAUAUCGUCCCUACAAAGAAUGGUUACCAGCCGUCCUGCGUGCAGGUUGUUCGCUUUAGGACUAGCCCGAGUUAAUCUUAUUUAGUUAGCUAUGGACUCAAUGUCUUUAAUACAAGGUGUUUUAUUGCGAAAUGACGACUCGCCUUAUCAAAACCUCAACCGAGAAUUCGCAACGAGAAUUUCUUAUCCUAGCCCUGAGUCACCGACUCCUCAAGUCCCCGACAUCACAGAGACCAGCGCUGGUCUGGAGUGGUUUGAGAUGGGCCUAGCGACCUCAUCUGGUCCCGCGAGGAGCACAACAGACCAGGGAGUACCGCGGUCUCCUUAUGUCACUGGAUCAGUCAGCACCCAAAGCUCUCCAAUCAGCAACUUUGCAGUUCCAUCCACCCCAGUGCAGAGCUGGGGGAUCCCCCAUAAUCCAGAGGAGGAUCCAUGGACGGCUAGUCCUACACAGCACAGAACACAACCAUCCCCCCUGGGUAACGAACCCUCAGAACCCCUGGCUCAAACUGUCCCUGUUAUCAGAAAGAGGAGGGUUUAUGCACUAGCCCAGCCAGUGAGAAGCAUAUCUGAAGAGGACCUAUCUAGUAAAGAAGGGAUAUCGGAGAGGGGGAGCAGAAAAGGGAAAGACAGCAGACCUAUCCUGGGAGAUCUGUUUGAUUAACACACUGACUGAUUUGUAACUGCCGCUGACUUUUUAAUGUUUGAUUAUUUCCAAUGUAAUGCUGGUGAACUCUGAUUUGAGAUUCUCAAUUCUCCAUUGUGGAUGGUCUUUUAAAGUAACGUACAAUUCCUUACAGAUUACCUAGUUUGAUCCCCUCCUGUUUGUAAUAUGUUUCAUCAGUUUUGCAGUAUGUCAUUGUUCUAAUAAAAUAUAAUCAAAAAGGUUGAAAUAGUAGAACAUUUAAAAUUUACAGAGUGAAAUAGUAGUAUAGUGACAACCACUAAAUGUCACUGUUGUGUUAUUUCCUGUCUACCACUUUCCUCUCUCAUACUGCUGGGUGUGUGAGUGAGAGGUUAUCC